UCCCGCCUCCUUGAGGCCGACCGCGCACAGCAGCUGCCACUCACCUUCUCGCGGCCAGCGCCUAGCGUCGCCCGGACGCCGACCUUAGGGCGCCCUUCCCCCACCUCUCACCUCCAGGCGCAGCCGCGCGGCUCCCUCUGGUGGAGGCGCUGCGGGCCGUCGGAAAUCGGCUGCUUCGGCCUGUCUCCGCCCAGCAGCGCGCGCUUUGAGCGCCCGGCCUUGGCCCCGGCUCCCGCGCGCGGGUAGGAGUGGCGCUCCGCCGAGAGUCUUUGGCGGUUUGCGAUUCCACCCAGGACUCGCAAGAGCACGGCCACUUCCUUUUUCUCCCCACGCUAGGGACUUAUUCCUCUACUGGGCUGGCUUCCCGUUAGGGGUUCUGUCCGCGUUCUUGCCCCAGCGUGACUUUCUUCAGGGCGUGGUUGCAGGAGCCUCACGCGGCAGCUCUGUGCCCAUGAAGAUCUCGCUGGUGACCCUCCAGCCCCGCCACCAUGAACGGGACCCUGAUCCCCCAUACGCCCAUCGCUGUGGACUUUUGGAGCCUGCGUCGGGCUGGUUCCGCACGGCUCUUCUUUUUGUCCCACAUGCACUCGGACCACACCGUGGGUUUGUCUAGCACCUGGGCCCGGCCCCUCUACUGCUCCCCAAUCACUGCUUACCUCGUGCAUCGUCACCUACAGGUAUCCAAGAAGUGGAUCCGAGCCCUGGAGGUUGGUGAGAGCCAUGUCCUGCCUCUAGAUGAAAUUGGGCGAGAGACCAUGACUGUAACCCUCCUGGAUGCCAAUCACUGCCCUGGCUCUGUCAUGUUUCUCUUUGAAGGAUACUUUGGAACCAUCCUCUACACAGGUGACUUUCGGUAUACACCAUCCAUGCUAAAGGAGCCAGCCCUGAAACUAGGGAAACAGAUCCAUACCUUAUACCUAGAUAACACCAAUUGCAACCCAGCCCGGGUUCUUCCCUCCCGACAAGAAGCUGCCCGCCAGAUUAUCGAGCUCAUUCGAAAGCAUCCACAGCAUAACAUAAAGAUUGGACUCUAUAGCCUGGGAAAAGAGUCGCUGCUGGAGCAGCUGGCCCUGGAGUUUCAGACCUGGGUGGUAUUGAGUCCUCGGCGCCUGGAGUUGGUGCAGCUUCUGGGCCUGGCAGACGUGUUCACGGUGGAGGAGAAGGCCGGCCGCAUCCAUGCCGUGGACCACAUGGAGGUCUGCCGUUCUGCCAUGCUACAUUGGAACCAGACCCACCCUACCAUUGCCAUCCUUCCCACAAGCCGGAAAACCCACAGCUCCCACCCCGACAUCCACAUUAUCCCUUACUCGGACCACUCCUCCUACUCGGAGCUCCGGGCCUUUGUGGCAGCACUGAAGCCUUGCCAGGUGGUGCCCAUUGUCGGUCGGCAGCCCUGCAGGGACUACUUUCAGGACAGCCUGAGCCCCAGGCUCUCUGUGCCCCUGGUCCCGCACUCUGUGCAGCAGUAUAUGAAUUCCUCCUCAAGAAAACCAAGCUUGCUCUGGCUGUUGUUAGAAAGGAGACUAAAGAGGCCGAGAACCCAGGGUGUCGUGUUUGACUCCUUUCCAGAAACUGCUGAUCAAUCUCAAGGUGACAUGGACUCGCAGGAGGCCAAGAAUGACAACCUUUCUGGGCACCUCGAGAAGCAGGCUUCCCACUGUCCUUUGCAGAUCAAAAAACCGUUGCUUCCGGACCUCUGCAGCAAAGAGCGGGAUGGGGCCGUCCCUUUCUCAGAGUCCCAGAAGAUGGUGACUGUACUGACUGCCCCCUUGAAUGUGUCAGUGCACUUACGGUCUACAGAUGAGGAAUUUAUGUCUCUAGAAACUGGGGAGGAAAUUGGUGUGUGGCCCCACUCCGUCCCCAGGGGAAACCAUGAUGGCGCAGUAGCCACAGGGAACCAGAGCACUUGGAUGGGCCAGGAUUGUCCCCUGACUCACAGCAGCGAGGCAACCCCUCUCCUGGCUCCUGAGUUCAGGGGCCUGGCACUGAAAUACCUUCUGACUCCAGUGAACUUUUUCCAGGCCCAGUUCUCUUCCAGGGGCUUUGACCAGCAAGUGGAAAAAUACCAUAAACACUUGCUGAGGUACAGGGAGGAGAAUGACACCUUCGUUUGAUCCAACACCGCGGUUGUAAAGAUAGUGACCCAUGGCUGCUGGAGAGACUUUGUUUUGGGCCUUACUUUUCUAAAAAAAUUUUUUUUUACAUUUAUUCAUUUUUGAGAGACAGAUGGAGCACGAGUGGGGGAGGGACAGAGAGAGCCGGGGAGACAGAAUCCGAAACAGGCUCCAGGCUCCGAGCUGUCAGCAACAGAGCCCGACGCGGGGCUCGAACUCACAGAUCGCGAGAUCGUGACGUGAGCGGAAGUCAGACGCUUAACCAACUGAGCCACCCAGGCACCCCUAGGCCUUACUUUUCCAUCUUCACAGGAUCCCCGUGGGCUCACCCUGGAGCAGUAGCUCACAAAGUGUGUUCAUUGGAAUCCUAGUGCCCGUGAAGCCAUUAGUUUCAUGGUUGGCUACGUUUAAGAAACACUUUUCAGGGGCGCCUAGGUGGCUAAGUCGAUUGAGCAUCUAACUCUAUUUCAGCUCAGGUCAUAGUCUCACGGUUUCGUGGGCUCCAGCCCCACACGGGGCUCUGUGCUAAUGGCAUGGAGCCUGCUUGAAAAUGUCUCUCCCUUCUCUCUGCCCCUCCCCUGUUCACAUUCUCUGUCUCUGAAAAUAAAACAACACUUUUCAAUAUACCCUCUGCACAGCAUACAUGAGCACACUAAAGGUUCUGAGAAGUCUUACAGUAACUUAAUCUGUUGAACUCAGUAUUUCUGCAACUUUUUUGAACAUGCAGUCCUCUGACAUGGGUGCAGCAAGAGAUGCAGUCUGAAUCAGAAAGGACCGGGUCACUGCCAUUGUUAUUUUGUGCGCCAUGUGCCAUUCCCAAGUCUUCUUACCCUUCUUCCCAGAUAAAAGUCCCAGAUAAAAAUUCCAUUUUUUAAGUUAGGAACUGUUGGAGGGUAAAGUGGUGAUCCAGGCGGCAUGAUACAAUCUCGAAUGUCACUAACUUGCUGUGACCCUGUCCAAGUGACUUCCUGUCUUUGCCUCUGGGAGGGAACAGGAAGCAGUGAAGAACCCUGGAAUGGUAGAGAAAAACUCGCCCCUGCCUCUAUGAGAGUCUGCAGUUAGUGUCACUAGAGACUUCUCUGGAAGAGAGCCAGCUGGCAUAGUGGGUACCCUUCACCAAGGCCAUACCUGGAACCCAGCUGAACGGUGCACGUAGGGUAUGAUGGCCUCCCAGCCGCCUGGAGGCCCUGACUAUUUAGCCAAAAUAAAGUUACAAAAGAUCAAAUGUGCUGCCAGAUAUUCCUGAUUGUUCACAUAGCUGGGAUAUUUGCCGCUCUCCCCGCCCCCCGCCCCCUUGGGUUGAGUAGGGAGCCAGAGCACACAGCCUGUUUGUUUUAGUAUCCAGGGCAGAGACCAAGGAGCCAGCUGGUGGAAGGGCUGGGGGUGUGCAGCUCUGCCCUGUCCUUCUGCUCCCAGCCUGACAACGUGCCAAACCAAUAAGCAGGACAGCAGACACCAUAGGCUCUGAGACUUGGUACAGGCAUGUAGAGCUGGGCACACGAAUAAAAACUACUUCAGAAGGAAGCCUCGCAAUAAAGGUUGUUUCUUGCCCAGGAAUAAAAAGGUUUUCUACUUUGGGAAGAAGAUAUGAAGUGUUUAUAAAGUAAAAUAAGGCCUUGCUCUUCGGCAAGCUGUACACAGCCCUGUUUUGUCACUAUAAGCCUCCGGUGCGCCCAAUAGGAGCUGCAGCAGGUGAGGCUUGUAGGGCAGCAGGAAACAAGGCAUUGUCCUUGGCUUGAAUCCAGGGCACCCCGGGGUAAAAAGAAACCAGGCCUGAAUAGUGGAGCCUCAGUUCCUCAUCUAUAAAACAAGGACUGAGAUGCCUCCCUCUCCUGAUGGCUCUGGAGGUUAGAUAAUUGGUAAAAUUCUUUUUUUUUUUUAAUGUUUAUUCAUUUUUGAG